UGGUAAAAACAAGCCCAACAUAUGUUUAGCAGACGGAGGAUGGACUUUUUUGAUACGAUUGAUUUUACUAGCAUACCAAGAGCAAACCAAUUGAGCCGACACGCUCUUUUUUGUUAUACUUUUCCUUCGUUCACUUCCAUUUUCACAUCAAUUAAAUCCAGCAAAUCUGAAUUCUUUAGUAUCCAAGCUAAUUGUAGUAAUAUUAGAGACAGAAUCCGAAUCUUCCCAACUUAAAUAAAUUUAUAAAAAAAUCUUUUUUCAAUAAAAGACACGCGAGCGAAUACCUUUGUAUCAAACUAAAUAAAAUUAAAAAUAUCUUGACAAACAUCAGAUAUAUUGUCAAAUUUUACAAAUUGUCAAUAAAAGUUGCAAAAAGCCUGUCAAAAUGCGAAUCAAAAUCAAGGACUGCACAAACACAACUUAAGCAGCAAUUAUACUUAACAGUUAUACAUAGUAUUGGCAUUCAAAUUCCUGAUGAGAUGAGAUCUAAAUAUGUGGACACAAUAUUUAUGGAACUUGCUUCUUGUCGAAGCUUCAGAGCUAAUUGAAUGGGCAAAAUGCGGUAACCACUACAUAUCUAUAGUGCCCACAAUCCUGUGGGCAAUCGGUGCCUCCGCGUUCGCCCAUCGCUUGCUCGUCUCCAUGUUCCGUAGAUUCAUGUUCAGAAGAGUGGCGCUAUGGGAACUCGUUCUGCAACAUCUCCUGUUCGUAUGGAUGGUGCUAUACAGCCUCCACUUCUGGCACGUGUCUGUGGGCCUCAUCAAAUUAUUCAUAGACUAUUGCGACGAAGAAGGCGAGAUUCUGAUGGACGAGGAGAAAUUGGCGACAGUGAACAUAAUGCAGCAAUGGGUGAUCUGGUUGUUCGGUGUGUCGCCUCUUGCGGUGUACUGGUACACAAGACCACGGCGAUCUUCACCACCCAUUAUGAUAUGGAUUACAACCAGUCCAUGGCAGAGAAGAGAAAUGGGUCCUUAUGGAUAUUAUUUAAAUCGACCAUUUUCAUCUUUACAAUCCCUCACAAACCUAUCUCUACAGGAACGUACGCUAACCUUGAGACGGGCAGUAAGCGAUUCUAAAAUCAUCAUCAGAGAACCACCCAAGAAGAGAAGAAUUUCUAAAUCCAUUUAGAGUUUUAUACCUUUAUUUAAAUUAAUUAACAACUACUACAAUUUC